AGUUUUACCACAGAAUUCUGUGGUUUGUGGUUUUAUACUGCUUGUUCCAUUAAUUAUGAAGAGUUGAAGAGUAGAGUUAUAACAAAUAUUUGGUUCUAAUAUUCAUGAAAAGGAAAAUAUCGUUUAUCGUUAUUUACUAUUUACAGUAUUCUUGAAAAUAAGUUUGAAGGCGACGAUGUCCAAGGCAAAGAAGAUUUUAGAGGAGGCUAGGGAGAUUCAAACUCCUGAAUUAGAUUUAUUUGAUAGAGGGAUUUCCUCAUUUGAAGAGAUGCCUGGUUUAUUGAACAUGUCGCAGCUCACCCGUCUCACUCUAAGUCACAAUAAAAUAAAAAGUAUUCCCCCGGGUCUUGCAAAUCUCACGAACUUAGAGAUAUUGAAUUUGGCAAAUAAUCACAUAGAAGAGCUACCUCUUUCACUUUCAUCGAUGCCAAAAUUGAGAAUCUUAAAUGUCUCACUCAAUCGACUGUAUAAGUUACCAAGAGGAUUUGGUGCAUUUCCCGUUUUAGAAGUGUUAGAUUUGACCUACAAUAAUCUCAAAGAGGAGUCUCUACCUGGAAAUUUUUUCAUGAUUGAAACUUUGAGAGCACUUUAUUUGGGUGAUAACGAUUUUGAAUACCUUCCAUCUGAUGUCAAAAACUUGAAAAAUUUACAAAUCUUGGUUCUCCGUGAAAAUGAUCUCAUUGAACUACCGAAGGAAAUAGGCGAGUUAUCCCGUCUCAGGGAACUACACGUCCAAGGAAACCGACUUUCAAUUUUACCACCCGAAAUUGGUAAUUUGGAUAUGGCUUCCAAUAAGUCAGUUUUCAAAUUCGAAGGCAACGAGUGGGUUGCGCCGAUAGCAGAUCAAUUGCAACUGGGGCUAAGUCACCUCAUGGAAUAUUUGCGAAGCGAAACAUAUCGAGUGUGAGUAUCUUUACGUUACUGUAUAGGAUGA